AUGGCACUAGAGGCCAAGAACAAACUGCAGUUCCUCGAUGGUUCUUUGCCUAAACCCGCUUCUGAUUCUCCUGAUCUCCCACACUGGACUCGCUGCAAUAGCAUGGUGAGAUCUUGGAUUGUUCACUCCAUUGUUCCUAAUAUUGCUCACAGCAUACUUUGGAUCGACUCGGCUCGUGAUGCCUGGCUCGAUCUUCAUGAUCGAUUUUCUCAAAAGAAUGCACCCCAGAUCUUUGAAAUCCGCAAGUCUAUCUCCACUUUGAGUCAGGGUCUUGACUCCAUCUAUGAAUAUUAUACUAAAAUGAAGAGUCUUCGUGAUGAGUUUUCAUCAUACAAAGCCAUGCCCACUUGCACUUGUGGCACUGCCGGCACUCUCCCAAGCCAUGUCGAGACUGACUCCUUAAUGGAUUUUUUGCAAGGACUCCAUGAAUCCUACUCUGCUAGUCGUAGCCAAAUAUUACUUAUGGAUCCAUUGCCUACCUUUGCCAAGGCAUAUUCUCUUUUAUUGCAAGAAGAACGCCAACGGUCUAUCCAUUCCCUCCCAUCUUCUCAAGUGGAACACGCCGCCAUGGCCACAGGUUAUUCCAAGGGCUCCACUGCACGUUCCAAUAGGCCUACUUAUCAUUGUGAUUUUUGA